GUUUUCAUCCGGAACCGGAAAUUAGAAAAAGAAUAACGAUAUUGUUUAAGUUAAAUAAAUCCUGUAAUGUUUUUGUUUGUACCUAUAUGCAGGCAGUUAUUUCGAAAAAUUUGUUUAGAGUUCUGAUAUUUCAACUUUUAGGUUCAGUAAUAAUUAAAGGAUUAUUAUGUUGGUUCUAUUUGAAACGCCUGCGGGCUAUGCUAUUUUCAAGCUUCUGGAUGAGAAGAAGUUGGCACAGACAGAGAAUUUAUACAAGGACUUCGAAACUCCAGAGGCUGCCAGCAAGAUUGUGAAGCUGAAACAUUUUGAAAAGUUUUUGGACACAACAGAAGCGCUGGCAGCGACCACUGCUACUGUGGAAGGGAAGCUAGGCAAAGGUCUGAAGAAACUGCUUAAAAAGCUGGUGGGCAAGGAGUUACAGGAGCAGCUGCUGGUGGCGGACGCGAAGCUGGGGAACGCCAUCAAGGACAAGCUGAACCUGUCCUGCAUGUCCAACACGUCCGUCCAGGAGCUGAUGCGGUGCAUCCGCUCGCAGAUGGACGGGCUGCUUGCCGGCUUUCCCAAGAAGGAGAUGGCUGCCAUGGCUCUGGGGCUGGCCCACAGCUUGUCGCGGUACAAGCUGAAGUUCAGCCCGGACAAGGUGGACACCAUGAUAGUGCAGGCAGUCUGUCUGCUGGACGACCUUGACAAGGAGCUGAACAAGUACGUGAUGCGGUGUCGCGAGUGGUAUGGCUGGCAUUUCCCCGAGCUGGGAAGACUCGUCACCGACCAGAUAGCCUACGCCAAGACCAUCAAGAUCAUUGGCACUAGAGAUUGUACGGCCUCAGCUGACUUGUCCGACAUCUUGCCUCAGGAAAUAGAGGAUCAGGUGAAGGAGGCGGCAGAGAUCUCCAUGGGCACGGAGAUCUCCGAGGAGGAUGUCCUCAACAUACAAAGCCUGUGCGAUGAGAUUAUCGAGAUGACUGGGUACCGGACGCAAUUGUACGACUAUCUGCAAGCUCGGAUGAUGGCCAUUGCCCCGAAUCUCACGGUGCUGGUGGGAGAUCUAGUUGGAGCACGCCUCAUCUCGCACUCGGGUUCCUUGAUAAACCUAGCCAAGCAGCCUGCGUCGACCAUUCAGAUACUGGGUGCAGAGAAGGCUCUCUUCAGGGCUCUGAAGGCCAGGAAGGAUACUCCCAAAUAUGGUCUCAUUUACCACGCGGGGCUUGUGGGGCAAACCAGCACGCUGAACAAGGGAAAGAUUUCGCGCAUGCUAGCGGCUAAGACCGCGUUGGCGUCACGCGUUGAUGCCCUAGGAGAGGAGUCUGCUUCCAUAGACUUGGGUGCGGAGCACAAGGUGAAGAUAGAGAGGCGAAUAAAGUUUCUGGAGGAGGGUAAGAGUUAUCGUAUCAGCGGUACCGGCAAAGCGAAAGCGAGGUUUGAGAAGUACCAUGGUAAGAGUGAGGUGAAACAGUAUCAAGCUGCAGCAGAUUUCACAGUACCAGCAGUGAAGAGAAAACAUAGUGAUGUAUUUGAUGACGAUAAAAAAGUCCUCAUUGAAGAACUGCCAAGCUCAGAAGCAGGUCCCAGUGAAACUCCUAAGAAGAAAACUAAGAAACCUAAAUUAGAAACAGGUACAGAGGACGUAGAAAUCAAGGAGGAAGAUGAUGGUGUGAUAAAAAAGAAAAAGAAGAAACGUGAUUUGGAAGAGAGUGUGGAUGUUUCUGUCACUGAUGAGACAACUCCAGGUGAGGGAAAGAAGAAGAAAAAGAGGAAACAUUUGUCUGAGGGUUUUGACUCUUCGGUGGAUGUAAGCAGUGUUGUGAAAACUGAGGAUGAUCAAGAAAGAGGUGAAGAAAAGAAGAAAAAGAAGAAGAAACAUAAAAUUGCGGAAGAUUCUUUCAGUGGAGACCAGUCAUUUGGCCUGAGUGCAAUGUUAGGGUCACCCGAGGAACCAGGAAGUUCAAAGAAGAAGAAAAAGCAGCGCAAGCAAUCUGAAGGAGAGCAGAUUUCUCAGAGCGUGAAGCUAGAGGCAGGGGAGGAAGACGAUGAGACUCCACCACCAGAGAUGUUAUCAGGCACUCCGCAAGAAGGUAAGAAGAAAAAGAAGAAACAGUUAAUACUAGGACUGGAGGGUGCUGAAUCACUGUACACUGAAACAGGUGAAGAAGCAGAGCAGAUGAGUGAGAAGAAAAAGAAGAAGAAAAAGAAAAAGUCUUUAAGCUUAGAUGAAUAGUAAGUUUAGCAGAAAACAUUUUGUGUGGGAUGUUUUUCUUUUUACCUGCAAAAUUUUAUGGUUUUAACUUGCAUUAAAUUCUUCACUUUGAUGUAGUGC